AUGGAGAGUACACCGGGGCAUGUCAGCAACCCCCAUCCGGGGUACAACCAAGGUGCUUACCCCUACGGUUUACCGCCCAACUACACACCACCAACCAUGCAUGAAGACAUGGGUUACAUUACUCCCUUCAUCCUCGAAGGGGAGCCUCCUCGACAUCCUAACGGGGUCCACAAGAAUCCUCAAAAGCAUGCUCAGGGAGACGUCGACUCAUACUCCCCAUUUCCCACUGAGGGGUUGGCGCCCAACUCACUACCACAACCCAACAUCACGGGAGAGCCUCGAAACCACCCAACACAGCCAAUGUUUCUAUCCGUGGGAGAGCCACCCCCGACAGUGGAAGGAAAGGGGAAACUCGAUCUCAUCGAAGAGAGAUUGAGGGUUGUUGAAGGAUUCGGCGAUUAUCCGUUCACAGAUAUGACCGACCUGUGCCUUGUGCCGAACGUUGUCAUCCCUCCGAAGUUCAAGGUACCUAACUUCGAUAGGUAUAAAGGGACGACUUGUCCUAAGAAUCACCUAAAAAUGUACUGUCGAAAGAUGGGUGCAUAUUCUAGGGACGAUAAGUUAUUGAUGCAUUUCUUUCAAGAUAGUUUGGCUGGGGCAGCAGUCAUCUGGUACACUAACCUAGAAGCUUCCCGCAUCCGCACCUGGAAGGAUCUAAUUACGACCUUCCUUAGGCAGUAUCAGUACAGCUCUGACAUGGCUCCUGAUCGAACUCAACUGCAAAACAUGAGUAAACAGGAACACGAGUCUUUUAAAGAAUACGCUCAGCGUUGGAGGGACCUAGUAGCGCAAGUAGCCCCUCCCAUGGUCAAGAGAGAAAUGGCUACUAUGAUAGUAGAUACCUUACCUGUAUUCUACUAUGAGAAAUUAGUGGGCUACAUGCUCUCUAGCUUCGUGGACUUAGUUUUCGCGGAAGAAAGGAUUGAGGUGGGUUUGAAGAGGGGAAAGUUUGAUUACGUCUCCCCAGUAGGUGCCAGCGGUAGGAGUGUCGGAACAACUGGGGCAAAGAAGAAAGAGGGAGAUGCCCAUACCGUCACUUCAACACCUGCGUGGCCCAAGCCACCACAAACCCCCGACGGUACCCACCAAUACGCACAACAUCACCCGAGUAUUUUGGCUCGCGCUGGGGGCUCUUCCGACACAGCACUCGCCCAGCCAAGGGCGCCCACGCCCCUAGAAGGGGGAGCUCCUCAGGCUCCGGCUCCAACCCGACCUCACUCGACCAAUAAUGCCCACCUUGGCUCGAGCUCCAACACGGCAAGGAACUUCUUGCCAAGGCAGGCUCAGAUUUUCACCCUGAUCCCAAUGACGUAUGGGGACCUCUUACCAUCUCUCAUCACCAACCAAUUGGCCAUGGUGAUUCCGGGAAGGGUCCUCCAGCCUCCAUUCCCAAAGUGGUAUAACCCUAGCGUAACCUGCGCAUAA